AUGGCGUCUCGUAGCCAUGUGGAUGUGAAUGAAAGAAGAUUGAGACCUAUUUAUGAUUGUCUAGAUAAUGGAAACAACAAGAAAGCAAUUCAAGAAGCUGACAAAGUAUUGAAGAAACAGAAGGAUUUGCAGUGUGCAAAAGUACUAAAGGCUCUUGCUUUACUAAGACUGGGACGACAUGAUGAGAGUUCUCUUCUUCUAAAGGAUAUUCAUGCACAAAGCCCAACAGAUGAAGCCACCCUUCAGGCUAUGUCCAUCUGUUACAGAGAGGUCUACAAAUUGGAUCUGAUUGCUGAUUUAUAUGAGAAUGCUCACAAACAUCGGCCAGACAAUGAAGACAUUUUGUCAUCACUAUUCAUGGCAUAUGUCCGUCUUGGAGAUUACAAAAAACAGCAGCAGACUGCCAUGACACUUCACAGACUACAACCACAGAAAAAUCCUUACUAUUUCUGGGCUGUUAUGAGUAUUGUGAUGCAGGGUCACCAAGAUGAGAAGUUAGCCAAGGGUAUGUUUCUUCCUCUUGCUGAGCGCAUGACUAAAAAAUAUAUUGAUGAAGAAAAGAUAACUGCUGAAGCAGAGGUCCAGAUAUACCUCAUCAUUCUAGAACUUCUCCAGAAGUGGGAAGAAGCAUUAAAGGUAGUGGAAGGACCACUUGGAGCAAAACUUACAAGUGAAUUCAACUUUCGGGAGAAUAAAACUGCAGAUCUUUAUGCCAAGUUAGAGCGAUGGCCGCAAGUCAACCGAGAGUACAAGGCUCUCUUAAAGGAAAAUCCAGAUCACUGGAAUAACUGGCAGGAUUACAUCCGCUCCUGUCUACGUCUGGUUGAGGCGAGCUGGACACCAGAUAAAGACAGUGAAGAAGACAUUGACUACACAGAGGAUAUGGUCGCCACAUUUAUACAGGAAACUAUCAAGCAGUGUGAGGGUGGUCGACCUCAAAGGGGCCCUUACCUUGCGCAAUUAGAACUCAUCAAACAGAUGAAGGACAAGAACCGAUGGAAACCAGACCUAGCUGAAAGUGAACAAUUUGGAGACCCUUUACAGCUACUUCUACGGUACUAUGAUCUAUUUGGAGAUAAACCAUGCUGUUUUGAAGAUAUGAAGUCAUUUACAAAGCUUCUGACAGAAGACAAAGAAACAAAGUUGAUAUCUGUGGUAACAGAGGGUGUUGAUUUACCAAAUCCUGAAGAGACACUAGGAUAUGCCUCUAGUGUGAAACAGAUGCAGCGUCACAUAACAUUGCUACAGCUGAUGCGGUACAUGGGAUACUAUGACAAACUGUCUACAACGGAGAGACUUGUCUUAGUCAAGGAAUACAUUCAACGCUAUCACCAUGGCCUCAGUUAUGGUAAAGACUUGCUGAGUACAGAUCUCCAAUACAGUGAUAACUACCUGCUCAUAGCAGUGCUGCUGCUGCUGGACAUAUGGAGGGAAUCAAAAAAUGACUCCCUGGUGUGGCAGGCAAUAGUACAGUUAGAAAAAGGCAUUAGUAAUAGUCGUUCCAACUUCCAUAUGAAGCUGAUCUUGAUGCGUUUGUAUUGUAUUAUGGGAGCGUAUGGUCCCUGUCACACAGUGUAUGAGUCUAUGGAGGUGAAACAUGUGAUGAAUGAUACCCUUGGGCACACAAUAGCGAACCAUGUUGGACGCCUGGGACAUUUUGUUGCAGCCUGUUCUAUGUAUGGAACAAUGCUGCGUUUUUUUGCAGUCAACCACAAAGAGACAGCUGAAUAUUUGAUAGCAUCUUACAAGUAUGGUUCCUUUAGCAAGAUACAUGAAUUUGUAAAGUUUCGGGAGCGCCUUCAGAAGUCUUUACAGUACUCUUCAGCAAUGACAGAGAGUAUGUUGUUAGAUUUGGUGCUAGAAACUUCAAGCCAUGUUAGCACAGAACAGAUGGUAACAUACAUGGAAAUAGACCCAGAAAAAGAAAAGAAUGGAUAUGAUGACCUCUGUGAUAAUAGGGAUUUCUCUGUGAUGGAAUCCUGGGAACCUCAUUCAAGAUGUAGACUUGAAGAGGCUAAACUACAUUCUCGGAAGGAAGAGAUACUGUGGUUAAAGGUGAGAAAGCUGACGCUACGAAUCCUUACAGCCAGCGUGAUGCUCGGCCAACAAAGUGUCAAGACUGACAGCCACACAAACAAUGGCAUCAAUCAUGACAGGAAACCACCACAUGAGGUCCUCACCGAUCUUCUGUCGCUGCUUUCCCAACACAUAGACUCUUGUCAGGAGUUCUCUUCCCCAUAUCAGUACCCAGUCCAUGGUCCAUUCAGGACACGAUUGUGUUCAUAUCUCAAAGAACGACAUUGUGAAGCUUUCACAGAUAUGGUCAGCAAUGUGAUGUAUGUCCACCACCUACAUGACAAUGGUCUAGAUACUGCAGACAACGAAAAAGAAGAAAAACUAAGAACAUCUGUACCAGAUUUAAUUAGUGGUUUGAUAUCCAAACAUAAAGGUAGUUUGGUAACAGAUGGAGAGAAUCGUAUCAACACAAGUAUAUUGGAAAAUUUAGUCCUUAUAGCUGAGACAUUAUCUCAUGUUACUGUACUGGUAGGAGUUUGUCAUCGCAUCUUAAAACCUUUAAAGAGUCAGUGGAACAAAAAGUGUAAAAAGAGCAAAGGAGUCCCGCUAGAGGCACCUUGUACAUUUGGGAGCUACGUUCAACUUGUGGAUGGUCUAGAUAAGGCAGCGAAAGAUCUACACCAAGCAAUUCGGGAUAUGGAUCCAGUUUUCUUAACUCUCGACUUCAGCAAGCUCAACCUAACACAAAACCUUUGUGAAAAUGAGGAAGAUAGUGCUAUUGAAAAAGACAUGUGGUGUAAGGUGGAAAAGAGCUACCAGGUAUCGGCACGAGAAGUGACAGAAUUCCUCCACAAUAAAAUGCAGUACCUGGGUACCCUACGACUGUGAUAUGCAUAAUAUAACCGUGAUAUGUGUAGUUGUAUAAAAAAACUGGGGACAAUCGGACAACAGCCAGUAUACUGCCAACUGAGUAUUAGAUCCAUUUAGGAUUUACUGUAGGGCUAUCUCACUCUUGUAGUGCAGAUUUCCUACAAAGGAACUACGAUUUCCUGGGAUUUGUAGCUUUUUUCUGUGAUUUCAAGGUACAGUGAUGGGGAAGCUACACAAAAAAUUUCAUCUGAUCUCUCUGCUUUUACUAUCCUUGAUGAUAGUGAUAUUGUGUCCUGUUAUCUAAUGUAACAGAGCCAGGUCUUCACUGUGUUUGUGUGUGUGUUUACUGACAUUGUAAACCAAACCAAUUAAGUGUGUUAUUUUAGCAAAAAUGGGAAUGGAAUAAAUGCAUUUUUAUCAGGGAUAUUUUCAAAACUUAUCAAUUUGACUUGAUCAUAUUUAUGUUGUGGCUUCAAAGAACAAAAAGAAAGGAAACCUGUUACAUUUAUGCUGUAAGUCCUAUAUUAAUGCUACCAGUACCUGAAGUUAAUGCAGUCAUAGGGCUAUGAAUGCCAUAGGAUAAGUAUCAUGUUUCCUGAAUCUAUUUGAUCAUCAGUCUUUUAUAUACUGACACUUUUUCCAUCUCCUGUACUUUUAAAAUAAAGGAAACAUUCAGAAGAUAUUCAGCUGUUCCAUGAAUAGCAUAAAAGCACUUACGAUACUAUGCAGGGUAAUUAUUCUUCACCAUGAAUACUAAGGACUAUUUGCAUUCAGAUUGCUAGUAAUUAUAUCAAUUCAAGAUGUAUACAUGCUGAACAUAGACUGGUGAUAUCUUGAUACCCACUAGCCUCAUGCAUUAUGGAGGUAAAAGACUUGCUUUUAUACUGACAGAAGUGUUUAUUUGUUAUACACAACUUUGCUGGAAACAUUGUAUAAUAAUAAAUAUAUAUAUCAAAGUUAGAAACCUGAGAGAAAUCUGCAGAUAUUUAUAUCAACAUUGUGAAGAUAUUGAAACCGUCUUUUUUCCAACAGUAUUUUAUAAGAAAGAGUGUAAAUGUAUUUAUGACUUUGUUGUAACAGUUCAU